ACCAAUGGAUUUGAAAAAACUUUGUUCUGAGCUAACGAAAAUUGUAAGGCAUUUAGUAAGAAACAGAAAAUAUAGAAGCCAUAUUGCACAAUUUUACUAUUUAUUGUCACAUUCUUUUGCACUUUCUCCUCGCAAAUGCUAUAUAUAUACUCCUCCAUUUCACUCGGUCUGAAACUUAUAGCAAAAUCUCUAACAUUUAACUCCUUAAUAAUAAUAAUUAUAUUAUUAUUAUAAGUAACCAAAUUUAAUUAAGCGACAAGAGGCUGUGGCUGAGUUGCAUGGCAAGAGGUCGAAAUCCGACGACGAUGAACCGGAGCGAUCGAUACCUUGGAAGCUACAGUUACGGUGACAGUCACGGAACCUCCCUCACCGACGAAUUAGAGCUCGCCGAGGAAGACAUCUGGUCACCGGCAGUCAUUCACGACACCGAGACAGAAGAUUCAUACAGCGGGUGGAACUUAAGUGCUAACUCUAUGAAAAGUGGGCGCGUGGGACUCUCGCUUACUUUCAAGAGCUCCUCAAACGCACCGUCGUCAUCUCCGAUGCUCGUGCAGCAGAUCCACGGCGGAGUAGGCGAAGGAGGAGAAAUCAUGCGGAACUUGGCGUCCUCAGCGCCGGUUAACGUGCCGGAUUGGAGUAAGAUAUAUCGAGUCAACUUGGUUGAGUCAACACACGAGCUUGACGGUGACGACGAGGAGGAACCGGGGAUGAUGCCGCCGCACGAGUACCUUGCUAAGAGCCAAGCACGGCGGAGCAGGAAAAUGGGAGGCGGUGGGGCGUCGAUGUUUGAGGGUGUAGGAAGGACUCUCAAAGGCAGGGAACUAAGGCGUGUUCGUGAUGCAAUUUGGAGCCAAACAGGGUUCUACGGCUAAGAAAUUAACAAAUAACAAUAUUCUAGAUUUCAGUUAAAAUAUUUGUUUUGGCAGAAUAGAAGUAAUUUUGUAAUUUUCGAAGUUUUUUUUUUGCCUUUAACGAGCCUACAAAUUCAAGUUCCUCUUAUGAUGUUGCCUAAAAUUCAAAAAUCAUUUUGUCUUAUGCUAAUUAGUUUAACUAGCUCUGAGUUAUAGAUUACUAGUUUCAUUAUUUUUUAAUAAAGACACAUUAAUCUGUUGAAUCUAGAUAUCGGUUCGGUUU